AGAGCUUAGCAAAGAUGGUUUAUCGGGGACUGAAUGAGCCGUCUGCCUCAUAGAAUGAUAGCAGUUCCGGCUGGGCGGGCGUAGAAAUGUCGAUCCAAGGCGUUGUGAGUUGCAUUAAAAACCAUCCGGGCUUUUACAUGCCCAUAAGCUCGAAUCACUGAUGUCACGUGACUUGCGAUGACUUGCGAUAACGAGUUUUCGCGUACGCGAACGAUCGAAGAAGUACGGACCCGACGACUCAUAAUAACCAAUGCACAUCUCCAGCUUCAAAACUACCAGCUGUGAAGACCCAAGAAUAUCUUAAACCAGCUCAGAGCAGCCAGUCCUUACCUGAUCCACCAAGCGUCGCUGUCAUCGCCAACGGUCUUCUUCCACUCCCCAUGGUAGGCUUUAUUUCACAUCUAAAUAACUCCUCAAUAUGCGAAGCAGGCCGCUCCUUUUUUCCUUGCAAUCCUGCGGUCAGGUGGAAAACAUCUUGUCUUUCUGCCAAAAUGGUGAUAGUGGAUAUGUAACAGGGGGCCUACAGAGAGUUUAGACGACCACAAGUUAGUUGGUCGUUAGAAUGGGAAGAAUGAAAGGUUUACAGGCACAGCAUAACCAAGCUACGCGCGAUACGUACCCGACGCCCAACAAUUGAACUGUUCGUAUUUUGAAGGCUUGCCGACGUCGCAUCCUAUUCUCAAAGGGACAAUAGACUCAGCAGUACGUCAAUCAAGGUGCGGGUCGACAAUAUGCCCUAAGCCCGCCAGGCACUACAGCAGGAGAUAAGAAAUGUCCGCAAAGAUUAUCAUCAGCGAGCGCGCUUUGGCGCCUAGCCGCUCUGCCGCUUCAAUACGGUUCGUCUUCACCUUGUCAGGCAUGCUCAGUGAUGGGAAAGCGUCAACAUCUCUUCCAAAUAGCUCGGAGAUAAUAAGUAGCUCCAAUAUGCAAACAAUACUGUCUGCCCCUCGAUAUUAACAACCUCAUCGCCGGCCACCUUUUUCAGCCCACACCGCCCUGUUUUACCAAUAACCUUGACCAGCCACAAGCAUGCCUCCUCCUGUUACCGACGAUGGCUACCACUGGACCCGUUCUACAGGUAUGCAACAAGGUGUACUCCGUUGUAAAGGGGUUGUGGACCCUCCAAGCCGGAUUGACAAUAGUUUCCUUGAAUAUGAUGUCGUGGUCAUUGGCGCUGGCUAUGCCGGUCUGAUCGCGGCUAGAGAGCUUGUGCAGCGCGGCCAUUCCGUUGCUCUUCUCGAAGCCCGAGACCGUGUCGGAGGAAGAACCUGGACUGCCGAAGUUGAUGGAUAUAUGUAUGAGAUGGGUGGUACAUGGGUCACCCAUUGGAUGGGUUACCUACAAAAAGAAAUGGAGCGAUACGGCAUGGAGGAUGAUCUCAUUACCACAAGGCUUAAAGGGGCCGGAGACGACUUCUACACUUUGAAUGUACCAGGUGCUAAGCCGCGCAAAAUGUCUCACGCCGAAGCAGGCGCUCUCGCAGCUCGCGCCUGGGAUAUUUUCGUCAACGUAGAUGGCAAUGGCGGGCGCACCGUCUGUCCCCUCCCCCACGCUCCCUUCAAUAACGUCAGAACAACCAAAGCCGAUGUCGAGGCUAUCGAUCAACUAUCAGCAGUCGACCGCCUGGAGCAGAUUGGGCAUUUGCUCACCAAUGAGGAACGGGGAGUUCUUGAGGCUUUGCUUCUUCAUAUCUCCGGAGGUACUCUUGAGACUACAUCCACCUGGGAUAUUGUUCACUCCAAUGCUCUCCAAGGACAUUCUUCGGUCAAUUUUGAAGAAGUAUGGACUACUUACAAGCUCCGUGAGGGUCAAUCUGGUCUUGCAAGAGCUAUGUUCGACGAAGCUUGUAUUGCAGGCUUGGACUACGCUUUUAAGACCCCGGUUGACACCAUUCGUGACUUGAGAAACUUCGUCGAGAUUCAUACCACUACCGGCAGUACCUUCCGAGCGACCCGAGUUAUCUCAACCAUCCCACUCAAUGUUCUCCACACUAUCAAGUUCGACCCCCCUGUGUCCCCAACACGUGCCGAAGCUUUCCGUCUUGGUCACGUCAAUCACAUGUCCAAGAUUCAUGCCGAAGUCAAGGGCGAUAUCGCUUCUUGGUGCGGUCUGACAUAUCCUGCCAAAUUAAUGUUUGGUUACAGUGAUGGGCUUUAUCCUAAUGGGAAUACUCAUAUUGUCACCUUUGGAGCGGAUGAAACCGAUGACUUCGUUCCCGAGAAGAACCCUGAGCAAGUAAUUGAGGCUAUGAACAGGAUUCGCCCUGUGGAUGUCCAGCGUAUGGUCUUCCAUAAUUGGAAUACCGACCCAUGGUCCAUGGCUGGCCCUGCGUGGUAUCGGCCUGGGUAUGCUACCAAGUAUCAGGAAGAGCUCCAAUCACGCCAUGGAAACAUCUUCUUUGCUUCUGCCGACUGGGCAAGGGGCUGGCGAGCUGCGAUAGACGGCGCCCUUGAACAAGGCUUCUGCAAUGCACAAAGCGUUUCUAGAGAACUCCAAGGAAGGCACUGGAAGCGAGGAUAUUUUUUGCCGCAAGGUGAUUCUGUUAGUGACUCAAUCCCCCACGUUGGCGCGAUGAAGGGCGGUGUGAAUGGGAAGGACGGAGUGAAUGGGCUCUCUAAUGGUGUAAACGGCUUCCAUAUUUGAUCUGUCA